GAAGGCUCGGGAGGGCGAAGCGGCAGUGCGCGCCGUGCUGAGCUUAGCGACGGGCGUUCCUCUUGCCUCAAGCCUGCAAUUUCGCUUGUGUGCGUCAGACCUGAGUCUCUAUCACGGGUCAGGGUGGUGACGGCGAGAUGCGCUUCCACGAGUGGCUGUUGGCAGCCGCGUUGCUGCUGGCGUUUUCGAUAGCUACAGCUCGACGCGCAGACCAGGACUUCGAGUUCGACGACGACUCGGAUCCUGCUUCUUCUUCUACGAAUCGCGACUCUAAUGUCGCUCACUCCCGCAGACCCAGAAGAUACAUUUACGACCCGCACAAUUCCCUGUGCCAUUCUCUGGUGUGUAAGAAGCGUGAGGUGUGUCUUCUCCGUGACGCUUUCACAGCUCUGUGCGCCACGAAGAAGGAUAUUAUACGAAAAGGCGACGUAAUAGUAACAGCAACUGCCAAUAGCUGGGAAGCACCGGCUAGAGAUCGCGAAGAUGACGAGGAAGAUGUAUUUUACGACAGUGCCGCCAGAGAUACUGAUGCAGAUCUCGACAAUGAUGAGAAUAAACCUGACCGCUGUGUGGGUUGUCCGGUGCGCGGUCGCGGCGAAUUCCUAUGCGGUUCGGAUAAUCGCACAUAUUCGUCGUUGUGCCGUCUGGACCUUCACAACUGCGUUCACCGUAACAAGAAACCGGUGACGUUGGCUUGCCGAGGCUUCUGUCCGUGUCCUUCGACGCCGCGCAGAAAUCGUCGUCCACACCAACGACAGAGACCUACCAGACGAAACUUCAACGAAUACGAUGAUGAUUGGCGACGCAGGAAAAUGGAAUCUUCGCACAACGAAGUCCUUCCCGAGAGAACUUCCCGAAGACGUCAAUCACAAGCCACUGAAGGCUGCGCUUUGGAUAAAAUGGCGAAUCGUUUGCUCGACUGGUUCUCCGUUCUGAUGGACGAGGCUGCUGAAAAAGCACCAUCUGAAGAAGGCUUCCCGAAUGAUUGCAAACCAGAAGUACGCUGGAUGUUUGCUCAUCUGGAUACGGAUGGUGAUGGAAUACUGUCCGCUGACAACCUUUAUUCCCUACGUCACGACGAACGCGAACGCUGUCUGCGACCGUUCCUAUCGUCAUGCGGAGGUGCUGGUGGUGACGUCACGCGUGCUGCAUGGUGCGCGUGCCUCCGCCGCGCCGCCCGACCCUGCACCGCGCUAGCACGUGCGCAUCCUCAACCUCACGCUGGAGCCUACGUACCGUCGUGCGACGCGCGCGGCUUCUACAGACCGCGGCAAUGUCACGCGGCUCUGGGCGUGUGCUGGUGUGUGGACGCGCAUGGCGUCGAGCUGCCGGGCUCGCGGACCAAGGGAGCACCUGCUUGUCCCGGCGAGAAAACCUCAGAGAACGACAGCAACAAUAGUUCUGAAGAUGCGGACGGAGCACCGGCUGAUGACGAAGACGCCGACGGCAGCGGUGACCAGGAGAUGCGCUUCUAAAUGUCGUCAAAUUAUAAAGUUCAACUUCGUCCUUUUUACUAGCAAUUAUACCCAUAUAAAUAAUAUAAAUUCCAAAAUAAUGAAAUAUUGUUUCUGAACUCGUCUGUAAUAUAAGCCUCACGUAGGAGAUGAAAAAAAAGGAGUUUGAUUCCUAUUGCAAAUUAACUACCGCCCCAAUGUGCUUUUAUAUAUUGAGUUAUAUUACAACAUGGAAUGAAUUACUAUACUUACAACUUUACUUAUAUGUUGACCGAUAUCAUCACUUGAGUCAAUCAAAUAUCUCAGGAAUGUUAGGUUCCAUAAAUAAAGUAUGUAGUUAGUUAGCUCUACCUAGUGAUUAGCAUAGAUUCUUACUAUUGCUGGUUCGCGGAAUCCUCAGCUGUAGUUUAUUGUUUAAGCCUAGUUAUUCUUGACAGUGUCAAGCCUUUGAUUAUUAAAAGCCCCGUUGCCUAAAGAGCAACUGACGUAAAAAACUUUUUUUUUAACACGUUCCUUUGGCAAUGACUUUAACCGCGUAACUUAUGUCAUUAAUAUGUAAUCAACGUUGACUUCAAAAUCUCGCAUGGCCUUAUAACCUUUGUAACGAACUUUUUAAAUUGCAAUAAAAAUUAGUUUUAGUUAUGUGGGUACUUUCGCAUUAGAUUGGUUGGUACCUACUGAAUAAUGUUUGUAUAAAUCUUUAGAACAAUUCACGUUUGAGUGCUAGUUUACUAUAUAUUUAGUAGAAUUUAGCGCUACGUUAUGUAUUCUCAGGCAUAAGUACUUACAUUAGAAUUCUAAAACAUGAUAAUGAAUUAGAAUUAUAGUCGCUGAACUUCAAAUUCGGGGAGUAAAAUCUUAUAAAUGUUACAAAAAUGACUCCUAACCGUUAUUCUUUUUUUUUAUUAAAUUUAUAAUAUAGUCGAAUAGUGUAUGUUUUAUGGAGAAUGGGUAGGUAGGUAAAUCUGAUUUCAAUUUACUUUAACCUAAAUUUUGUUGUUAUACCACUUCAGAUUUACCUUCCUGGUUUGAUUCCAGAUGGUUGAAUUUGUGAGUCAAUUUCAUUUCACUGACCGUCCAUUGAUUUGAACGUAAUUUAUAGAAUGAAUAGUCAAUAUCAAGAACUGGAUGAUUUUUUAGACAAGUCAGCCAACUGUAAACAACUACUGCUCUACAGUUUUUUUCAUUGUUCUCAAGAAUAUCCUUAAUUGAUGUAUAGUCCCAUUUUCUAACAGGCUUGUUGUGCAUUAAAAUAUUUCAAACGAUUGAGUUACCUCUUUUAAAGUUCAGGGACUCGAUAAUUUAUCAGAUAAUACUUAAAAAGGUAUGUAGGUACUUAGUUUAGUAUUGUGAUCUAACGGCAUUCGCAGCGGUACCUAAAUAAGAUAGCAAGAUAGAAAUAUGUAACCACGAGCAAUAUUUAUAAACCCCUCGUACUUGAUUUAUAGUUGUUUGUACCUAGUAUAUCUAUAUCGCUAUAUUAUCUAUUUCUAUAAAAUAUUACGGCGUGGUAGAUUUUUAUAAGUAGUGAAAAGCUGUUUACGAUUUAUGAACUUUAUAAGGACAAAUUAUUGUUUUGGGAAGGCGAAGGCAUACUUACACAUAAGGCCUAAAGUCGUUGUAAAAUUUAAAUUAACCGUCCCAUAACAAAAAAAAAA